ACUUUAUUCUUUUCCAGAAGAAUGUGAAUAUUGAUUGGUUUUCUUUAACAGAUAUAUGAUCGUUGUCGUUUCUACUUGGGUCCUAGUUACUGCUCGCAUGGUGUUCGCCUUCCCUUUGAUCCAUGUCCGCGUAAAGAACCACACGGAGAUUGACGAUGAGGGUUUGUUAGUCCCUCUAUGUUGUCUUGCCUCAUUACUAUUCAUAUCUACUUGGUGGUUUCCCCAGUUUGAAUCGACCCAAUGUCGAAGGAAGAAUGAUGGAUUUAGUACGCAUUCGAACAUGUAUUUGAUUCCAUACCUUCGAGACUCGUGUUCAGAAUGUUCAUGGUUGCUAUGUGGACUCGUAAGAUUUGAUAUGGAUGACCCGGUGAUCGCAAAUUGAUUUUCAGAAGCAUCUAACAGAUGCACCUAACCUUGCUCGAUAACAGUUUGUUUCGCCGGUUUAUUUUCAAUUUAUUUCAUAUGUGAAGAUGUUGGAGUAGAUUGUGUGUGACUGUGUGUCGAAGUGCAAAGAUUACCGGCAAAAACAUACCGUUACUGGAAUGAAGAUGAACAGCA